UUAUGGAACGAGAAUCACAUUGUGACAGGUCUACAUUACGAUUUACAAAUCCCUUACUUUUGUGGCCACGAUGAACACUGCACGCAACUGAAUAAUGCACGGGCUCUGGAACAGGCCAAGACUAACGUGGAACUCCAUUUUCGCGUCGUCGGUGUUCUUGAGCAACUUAACUGCACCCUCCAUGUGGCUGAGCAAAGAAUAGGAACUUUCUUUGGUGGCGUCCAACCAUUUCAAGAAUUUUUGUAUUUCAAAGAAUUUCUGGAACCACGGAAAAACAAGAAUCAUGGGCAUCCAAAGCAACUCCGGGAGGACUUACAAAUGGCUCUGCGAAAAAACUUGACAAUGGAAUACAUGUUUUACUCUUUUGUGAAACAGAGGCUUCCCCAGGUGAAAAUUUACUUGGCAAUUACUCAAGAAAUACAAUAAAAAAACUCAAGUAAUAGUAAAGGAUUUUGGAACAAAUAUUUUUACAAUAAUAACAUAGAAAUACUAUAGAAUUACU